AUGAGGUUGGAAGAGCAGGGGACGUCCGUUUUGAAGGAUUUGGGCUGCUCACUGGCCAAAACGGACCACCAGAGGGAGAGCAAGGAGCACAGCCCAGCAAACCAAGCUGGCGACGUUUGUUUUGGAGAAUUUGGGCAGGGUGGAAGCUGGGGCGGUCCGUCCGCUUUGGAGGAUUUGCGCUGCUCAGCGGACAAAACGGAGUACCAGAGAGAGAAAGGCGGGCCACCUGAAACAGCAAGGAGCACCGCCAAGCAAACCAGGUCCGUUUUGGAGGAUUUGGGCCGCUCAGCGGACAAAACGGAGCACCAGGGAGAGAAAGGGACAGAGACCGAUGAGGUUGGAAGAGCAGGGGACGUCCGUUUUGAAGGAUUUGGGCUGCUCACUGGCCAAAACGGACCACCAGAGGGAGAGCAAGGAGCACAGCCCAGCAAACCAAGCUGGCGACGUUUGUUUUGGAGGAUUUGGGCAGGGUGGAAGCUGGGGCGGUCCGUCCGCUUUGGAGGAUUUGCGCUGCUCAGCGGACAAAACGGAGUACCAGAGAGAGAAAGGAGCACAGAAGCACAGCCACAGGAGACAGGAGGACACAUAACAAAAGAUCAGCUGGGCAAGCCCGCUUUGCGAAAUUUCGGCGGCUCUCUUACCAAGGCGGGCCACCUGAAACAGCAAGGAGCACCGCCAAGCAAACCAGGACUGGGAGAGCUGGGGAGGUCCGUUUUGCAAGAUUUGGGCCGCUGA